AGCCCGAAGGGUGAGCUCCACAACUCCAAUGACGCGGGGCACAUGACUCUGCGCGGGACAGGGCAACCGCCUGCUGGGUGCAAAACCUUUUGUAGUCCCAGGACUUUAAGAGGGCAUCUCCCACUAAGCGUCACCAAGACUUCCAGCAGCCUGACUCCUCCUUAUCUGCUCUGUAGCUCCAGGUUCAACUGAUCUCAGAAUGGACCCCAACUGCGCCUGCUCCACUGGCGGCUCCUGCACCUGCUCCAGCUCCUGUGUCUGCAAGAACUGCAGAUGCACCUCCUGCAAGAAGAGCUGCUGCUCCUGCUGCCCUGUGGGUUGCUCCAAGUGUGCCCAGGGCUGUGUGUGCAAGGGCCAGUCAGACAAGUGCACAUGCUGUGCCUGAUGUGAGGACACGGCUGCUCCCACGUGUAAAUACUGUUGCUGGACCACCCCAGAGCUUUUCAUAUGGCUCCACCCUGUUUACUAAACCCCCUUUUCUAAGAGAUGUGUGAAUAAUAAAAGCCCACUUGUUCUAA